GGGAUCUUCUCCGUCUGUCUCCAGCUCCUUCAGCGGCUCCGACCCUCGUUAGCCAUUUCGGUCACGCAGCCCGGUUGUAAAUCCGCCGCCAGAACCGCGGUGCCCCCCACUCCCGACACACAGCCCCCUGACCCCCCAGCCCUGCCGGUGCCCCCCACUCCCGACCCGCAGCCCCCUGCCCCCCCGGCUCUCCCCCCCAGCCCUGCCGGUGCCCCCCACUCCCGACCCGCAGCCCCCUGCCCCCCCAGCUCUGCCGGUGCCCCUCACUCCCCCUGCUCUGUUCGAUUCUCUGCUGAGACCUGGAAGCUCAUCACACCGGACGCUGGUUUCUCUGUGGUUCUCCCAAGUCUCCGCUCCCUUUUUCUCCCCCACCCCGCCGCCUGCUCAGGGUGAAUGUCCUGACAACCCGGCGGUCUGGGAGGGGGAGGGGCUCCAGGGUGUCACUCUCCAUAGCUGAUCCCUGUCUCCCCCCAGGUGCCCCCCCAAUGGGGUAGCUGGACGGGGGCCCAUGGGCAGCGCCCCACCCAGGAGGCGGCGUCAGCAGGCAACAUGCCCAGUGUCCUGGGGCUCCUGCUGGCCUGGCUGGGGGGUUGCGGCUGCGCCGGACGCCUGGGUCCCCCCUGGCCGGGCUCCCGGGGGGCCCCACCCCAGGGCUGGGAACGCCCCCUGCUGAGAUCCCGACGCAGUUGGGUCUGGAACCAAUUCUUCGUCAUCGAGGAGUAUGCCGGCCCUGAGCCUGUCCUCAUCGGCAGGCUGCACUCGGACGUGGACCGGGGUGAGGGGCGGGUCAAGUACGUGCUGACAGGCGAGGGGGCUGGGACGGUGUUUGUGAUCGACGAGCGGACGGGGAACGUGCACGUGACCAAGACGCUGGACCGGGAGGAGAAGGCCCAAUACACGCUGCUGGCCCAGGCCGUGGACCGGGCCUCGAACCGGCCCCUGGAACCGCCCUCCGAGUUCAUCAUCAAAGUGCAGGACAUCAACGACAACCCACCCGUCUUCCCGCACGGCCCCUACCAUGCCACUGUGCCCGAGAUGAGCAACGUGGGCACAUCCGUGAUCCAGGUGACGGCCCAUGACGCUGACGACCCGAGCUACGGGAACAGUGCCAAGCUGGUGUACAUGGUGCUGGAGGGGCUGCCCUUCUUCUCCGUCGACCCCCAGAGCGGCGUGGUGCGCACUGCGAUCCCCAACAUGGACCGGGAGGCGCAGGCUGAGCUGCUGGUGGUGAUCCAGGCCAAGGACAUGGGGGGCCACGCUGGGGGGCUGUCGGGGAGUGUCACUGUCACUGUCACCCUGAGCGACGUCAAUGACAAUCCGCCCAAAUUCCCCCAGAAUUCUUACCAAUUCUCGGUGCUGGAGACGCUGCCACCUGGCUCUCCCGUGGGGCGGCUCCGGGCCCACGACCCGGACGAGGGGGACAACGCGCGGCUGAGCUACCGGCUGCUGGACGGGGAUGGGCCCUUCGCCAUCAGCACUGACCCGCUGGGCCGGGACGGCAUCCUCACCAUCAGCCAGGUGGGACACAUGAGACCCCCUCACCCCCUCAUCUCUCGCUGCUCCCCCAGAUACUCCAUCCUGCCCCACUCGGACCCUGGGCGGUAUUUCAGCAUCAGCCCCCAGGACGGGACCCUCCGCACGGCCCUGCCCCUCGACAGGGAGACGCUGGCCUGGCACAACCUGACCGUGGUGGCCACCGAACUAGACAGCCCGGCGCAGGCUGCGCCCGUCCCAGUGGUUGUCCACGCCCUGGACGUGAACGACAACGUGCCUGAGCUGGCACCGGGGACCGAGCCCUUCAUCUGCCACGGCACCGCGCCCGGCCAGCUGAUCCAGACCAUCUGGGCCCUGGACCGGGACGAGGCGGGGGCCGGGAGCCGGGUGACGAUUCGCUCCCCGCCGGGGCUGGGACCCUCUGACCUCACUGUGCGGGACAACGAGGAUGGCUCGGCCGCUCUCCUGCUCCGGACUCCGCGGCUGUCCCCCCCGGGUGGACCCCCCCUAUUGGUGCCCCUGGAGCUGGUGGAUGGCGGACGCCCCCCCCUGACCGGCACCCCCACCCUGACACUAAGCGUCUGCCAGUGCCGGCCCGACGGCGCCCUGCGCUCCUGCCAGCCCCCCCUUGCCACCGGCGCCGCCCCAGGGCUCAGCACCGCCGCCCUGCUGGCCAUCCUGGGCUGCGGCGCCAGCCUGCUCGCGCUGGCAGGGCUCCUGGCCUGGGGGUGCCCCAAAGCGGAGGUGGGACGGGCCCGGACUCCCCCUCUGGCCCCCCCCCGCCUAGCCACCUGCCUCGCCGCCCGCCUGGGCCGGGCCGACGCCGACCCCCGGGCCCCCCCCUACGACUCGCUGCAGGUCUAUGGCUACGAGGGCGGGGGGACGCCCUGUGGCAGCCUCAGCCCCCUGGGCUCCUCCUGGGGGGACAGCGAGGGGGAGGGGAGCGACCCUGGUGAGUGGGGGCCCCUCUUUCGCACCUUGGCCGAGCUCUACGGGGGCCAAGAGGGACCCGCCUGAGGCCACGCCCACCUCCAGCCAUGCCAUGGGACCAUGCCCACUUCACAGCCAUUCCUGAGAGGCCACGCCCCCUCCCUCUCGGUCAUGCCAGCAAGGUCACGCCCACCUUCCAGCCAUGCCAUGGGCAUCCCACCUGACCACGCCCACUUCCCAGCCGCACCUGAGAGGCCUCCCACCCCAGGUCAUGCCAGUUAGGCCACACCCACCUGCAGCCACGUCCACAAGGCCACGCCCACCUCCCACCCAUGCCGUGGGUCCACACCCACUUCCCAACCACACCUUUGAGGCCACAACCCUCCCUCUAGGUCAUGCCAGUGAGACCAUGCCCAGCACCAGACCACGCCAUGGCCGCACCUGCAGGCCCACGCACUCUCCUAGCCACGCCCCCAAGCAGGCCACUCCCACUUCUAGACACACCCCUUCUCAGUCCCAUGGCCCCUGCAGCCCUGCCUCCCACUCAGUGCUUCGCGCCCCCCACCUACCCUCCGCUCGGCCUUUGUCCUGUGUCCAUCCGUCUCUCCUCCCCCCGCCCGCCUGUGCUCCCCCCACUCACUGGGUGUGUUCCCCUCAUUGGGUGAUCAGCCCCCCUCCCACACGUUCCCUCCUUUCCCUGCCCCCCCAUGGCUGCUCACCCACUGUGACCGACUGUGACCCCCCGCCCCUGAUUAAUGCUGUAUCCAGCCCCCCCUCAGGCUGAGCCACACCCCCAACGUGGCAUCCUGCCAUCCCCCAGCCAGGGGAGCCCCAGGAAAUCCCAGGGGAUUGUGGGGGCUUGGACCCCCACACAUCUAGGAUCCACCAGACCCUGCUGCUCCCCCAGAUCCACCUGCCCCCUCCCCCCCCGUGGAUUCUGCAUUGGGACUUUUAAUGUCACGGGAUAUUGGGGGUGGGUGGGGAGGUGCCAUUGUGUGGGGGUGGGG